AUGUUCUGUGAUAAAGAAUUUAUUUUAAUUUUAAUAUAUUUAUUUAUUGUUUCUCAUGUUUAUUCUAAUGAGAGACAAUUUUCAACACAAAAACGUUUACAAUACAAAAAUCAUGUUAAACAAAUGUUUUAUCAUGCAUAUGAUUCAUAUUUAAAGUAUGCAUAUCCAUAUGAUGAAUUACGUCCAUUAACAUGUGAUGGUUAUGAUACUUGGGGAAGUUAUUCAUUGUCACUUGUUGAUGCAAUUGAUACAUUAGCUGUACUUGGAAAUAAUACAGAAUUUGCUCGUGUUUAUACACUUAUUCAAAAUUUAGAUAUUGAACGUGAUAUUAAUGUUAGUGUAUUUGAAACAAAUAUUCGAGUUAUUGGUGGUCUUCUUUCUGCUCAUCUUCUUGCUAAACGUAUGAAUGUUUCUGUUAAUUCUACAUGGCCAUGUACAGGACCAUUACUUGAUCUUGCUGUUAGUCUUGCCGAUAAACUUUUACCAGCUUUUGAUACUGAAACAGGAAUUCCUUAUGGUACAGUAAAUUUAGUUUGGGGUGUACCAAUUGGAGAAACAAAUAUUACAUGUACUGCCGGUGGUGGAACAUUUUUAAUUGAAUUUGGAACAUUAUCUCGUCUUACCGGUGAUCCUAAAUAUGAACGUGCUGCAUUAAAAGCUUUAAAAGGUCUUUGGUCAAAACGAUCAUCAAUUAAUCUUGUAGGAAAUCAUAUAAAUAUUCAAACAGGUGAAUGGACAGCAUAUGAUUGUACAAUUGGUUCUGGUGUUGAUUCUUAUUUUGAAUAUUUAGUUAAAGGUGCAAUUUUAUUUCGACAACCAGAAUUAAUAUAUAUGAUGAAUGAAUAUAUCAAAGCAAUUGAUGCAUAUAUGAGUGAUGGUACAGGAUGGUUUGUUUAUGCAAAUUAUCAACAAGGUAGAAAAACAAUGCCAUUAUUUGCAUCACUGGAUGCUUUUUAUCCAGGUUUGUUGACAUUACUUGGUAAACUUGAUCGAGCACGUGAAACUUUAUAUGCAUAUCAUACAAUAUGGAGAAAAUAUGGUUCAAUGCCAGAAUUUUAUAAUCUUGCACAACAUGAUUGUGCGCAAGGAAGAGAAGGUUAUCCAUUAAGACCAGAACAUAUUGAAUCAAUAAUGUAUUUAUCGAAAGCAACUAAUGAUGAUACAUUUUUAUUUAUGGCUGCUGAUAUAUUUGAUGCAAUUGAAUCUUGUUGUAAAACUUCAUGUGGAUAUACAUCAUUAAAAAGUGUAAAAGAUCAUCAUCUUGAUAAUCGUAUGGAAUCAUUUUUUCUUGCUGAAACAAUAAAAUAUCUUUAUUUAAUAUUUGAUGAAGAUAAUUUUUUACAUUCAAAUGGAGAAUAUGCUACAGAACAUCAAACAUCUUUAGGUUCAUGUUUUCUUGAUACGGGUUAUGUUUAUAAUACAGAAGCACAUCCAAUUGAUAUUGGUUCACUUGAUUGUUGUACAUCAUCAUUUAUAGAUGAAAAAUCAUUGAAUAAAAAUGAAAAAAAUUUAUUGACACAAGAACAAAUGAGAUGGUUAGGAAAUUUAUUAUUAAAUCAAGAUAAAGAAGAAUUAUCUAGUAUAUUAAAGAGAAAUUAUAGUCUAUUAACAUGUUCAUCUUUAACUUUUGAACAACGUUUUUCUCUUUAUGGUGAAAUUUUAACAUAA